UUUGUUUUGCAGGAAAUCACCCUGACGGAGGGGAAAGAUGUCUUUGAAUCGUGGAAGGACCCCCCUCCUCCUGUCUACAUGCAGUUUUUUUUCUUCAAUGUGUCGAACCCUGACGUGUUUCUCAAGGGCGGGAAACCUGUUGUGACCCAGAUCGGCCCAUACACGUACAGGGAGUACAGGCCGCGAGAGAACGUAACCUUUGUGGAUAACGGAACGAAGGUCUCCGCCUUGAACCCCAAGUCUUUCGUGUUUCUUCCAGAGAUGUCAGCUGGGGACCCCGAGACUGACCGCCUGACAACGGUCAACAUCCCAGCCGUGGCCGUGAUGGAUGUUGUGAAGUCCAGCUUCCUCCUGAGCUCCAUGGUGUCCUUGUGGAUGGCCUCCAUAGGCGUGGAGAUGUUCAUGACUCGCACAGUGAACGAAAUACUGUGGGGCUUCAAAGACCCUCUUCUUUCGCGACUCAAACCCUUUAAGCCUGAGGUAGAAGAAUACUUUGGGCUCAUGUACAAGAAAAACGGUUCCAGUGAAGGAGAGUUUGUUUUCCACACUGGAGAAGAAGACUACAGAGAUUAUGGGAAAAUUGCUACGUGGAACGGUCAAAGCACGAUGCAGUGGUGGUCCUCCAACCAGAGCAACAUGAUCAACGGCACAGAUGGGGGCGCCUUCCACCCGCUGAUAUCGAAGAAUGAAUCGCUUUUCAUCUUUGCUGCCGAUCUGUGCAGGUCAAUCCACGUGGACUUUGAAAAGGACGUGGAGGUCAAGGGCAUACCGGCGUACCGAUUCUCCCCGCCGCUGGAAGUGCUUGCAAGCCCUGAAGACAACCCCGCCAACGCUGGGUUCUGCGUGCCACCCGGAGACUGCCUGGGCACUGGGGUGCUGAAGGUCAGCGUGUGUCGUAAAGGUGCUCCAGUCGUGGUCUCCUUUCCACACUUCUACCAGGCCGACCAGAAGUACAUCAGUGCCAUCGAAGGGAUGAGGCCAAACAAGGAGGAUCACGAAACCUUCCUGGACAUUAAUCCAACUACCGGUUUCCCUGUGCGCGCCUGCAAGAGAGCACAGAUGAACAUUUUGCUGAAAAAAGUCAGCGGCUUUCCCCAAACCAAAUAUCUAAAUGACACCAUCUUUCCAGUGAUGUUUGUAAAUGAGACCGUUGUGAUUGAUGAUGCUUCAGCAGCAAAAGUGAGGAAAUUGUUGUUAAUUGUCACUGUGGUGUCCAACAUUCCUCUGAUUAUUGUGGGACUGGGUGCCAUCAUGCUGUUGGUUUUAAUCAUCCUCAUCUGUAGAGCGAGACAGAAGAGAAAUGAAGUUAAGCGUAUUGAUUUUUCUGAAGCUUUCCCUUCUUUUCCUACAAUGGCCAAGGAAGACACGGCCUACACCCAGGUCCGAGACAAGCCGGAGGACGGGCCAGAGAACGACUCCAACCCCACCCAGCAGUUAAAAAACGGCCCCUACAUCUCCAUGCACCCCAUCGACCCUGAGAACUGUUGAGGGGGAACCGGAUUGGCCCAGGACAGUGCCAAGCUUUGCACCGGUGCAGGGGUCUGGACACGGCCCCUGUCAAUCCAAACCAUCGAGGUGUUGCUUGUUUCUGCGCCAUUCUGAACCAUCGUUUGUUUUGUUUUGUUUUCCUUCAGGCUGGGCUCUGUGCAUGGCCAAACUCUGAUAACAUUCCUAAUGAGCGAGACCCCCCCUCCCCUCUGCAUUCUCUUGUGCAGUUUGUUUCAGUUUCAGAUUGGGGACCACGGGAGUUGUACUGGAUUUUCUAGGGCGCACAACUGGAGGUAUUUCUACUAGUAGCCUUGAUCCACUGCAGGGAAGAUCUGUAGCCAUGGGUCGAAGGAAGCUGGGGAUGGGGGGGUUAAAAACCCAACAUACAGCUAAUUGUUCACUAUUGCUGGGCGAACGUCCAGCGUCUCGGCGCGUUCCUCAAAAGCUGAGCGCUGCUUCUUGGUGAGUGAAGCACCACAUCCCCCAGAGAACUGCAGUGGGAGGGCCGUCUCCCUGCCAUAAGCGUGCUGUUGUGAGCGAGCCUCCGGCGGUAAUGGGAAGGGGCGGCUCGGGCAGGGAUAAAAUAGAAUACGACCGCCAAUCGGAAUGAAGCAGUCGCCAACGUUCAUAUACCUGCUGGCCUUGGCCUUUUGCUUUGCCGGGGAGGCCUGGUGUGGACUGUAGGAACUACUGCGGAGAAGGCGGUUCAGUUCGGUUUCGGGCCAUUUUCCUUCCGACGUGGCACAGUCAUAUGUGGCUAGUACGCCAAAGCCGCACUGUAUGUCCGCCAUCUAACAUCGCAUCUUCACCACGAGAGCUGACCAUGACUCGAGAGUUUGUCUUCACGCCAACCUUUUCCUGUUUCUUGAAUUCUAUUCCUAAUACUGGAGUUUGUUACAGCCUUGAUUCAGUUUUUUUUUAAGUUGUGAUCAAACCUUCAAUUUUUUUUAAAUUGAAGUAAGUCAUUAACUUUGGUUAUGUAUUCGAUGGCUGGAGGUUGGAAAGUUGUUGUUUUUUUAUUUUCUGACUAAAGAAAGAAGUAGGACCUAGCACAGGAGUGAAUUCAAUGUGAUUAUGUCCUGGGAUAUUGUAUAUAGAAGGCAGUUACUCUGCAACAUCUGGAGUGCAUUUUAUUUUCAACCGCUGUCUUAAAAUGUUGCCCUUCCUCUUGAUGUAACAGUCUUUUUGCUUUAAAUUAACAAAUUUACUGUACAUUGACUCAAGGGGUUUGCAGGUUUCGUAGGGGAUCUACAGAAAAUGAGAAUUAAGUACAGAAUGUAAAUUAAAGGAUGGGGAAACUCCAUGCGUGUUGAAAUAGCUGCAGUAACUUUUCAAUGUAGAGUAAGAAAUAUCUGAACUCCUGUACCUGUUUUGGCUUCAACGGGAGUCGCUUCAAAUUAAAGUGAUUAUGGAUAAACUGACCCUAACCUACAGCGUAACCCAACUGUCCCUCACAUUUCAAAUAGACAUUGUUUGGUUUUGGGAGCCCGAUUUUAGAAGAGCUUGCCUAUUCGGUCUUCUGCAAAAUGUGCCCUGUUUGUUUAAGACAUUGCAUUUGUCCAGAGUUUGACAUAUCAAGUAACAUUGAAUCAGUAGUAAUAGUUGAAGACCGAAUUAAAUGAAAUCCAGCUAUAACUGUUUGUUCUCUGACUUUUCUGCAACUGUUUUAAGGGCUUUGGUUUGAAAUAGGGCAGCAAUAAUGCACACCACUUGAACAAGCACAGGCUUCGCAAUCCUCAGGUUUGUGCUCCUGACGGUGAAAUUGAACACUGUUGAUUGUUUUUUUUUAGUAUAAGUAUAAAUUUUAUAUGUAUAGAUUGAGCAAAGGGCUGAAAAAAAAUCAAAAUUUCCCAUUCUUGUUUGAGAGCAGUGUUUUUUUUAGUAGAAAUCUUGUUUUCCUUCAUUUCAAACUCUAGGCCAUUUCUCUGGAUAGCCAAAUAUCUUAGUGGAAUAUGUAAUUUUCUGUACUUUUGGAGAUUUGCUUAAGAUCUUAUUUUCCUCGUUGUUUUGUUACUGCAUUUAAAGGGACAGUUAAAAUGUCAGAUUCGAUUGGUCCUGCUGAGCAUUUCAGUUUGGUAUAUAAUUUAAGAGUGAAGUGGGUGUUUCCAGUUGUGCAUCUUUUAAGAUGGUAAAUGGGGAUGUGGUUUCCUCCAACUAUUUGUGUUUCCGGAGUUUACUUUAUGUUUUAUUUUAAUUUUAGGGUUCCGAGCUAGAAACUGUCAGCCAGUGCAGCUAAAGAAAGCUGUCUCCUCCGGACACAUUUCUGUGGUAGACACUCAGUGCUUGGUUGUCUGGUUCUGUCUUUUUCUGUUUUAAGCAAUGGCUGUAACUCAUUCUUCUGGUUAGAACUGGAAGGUCUGUUGAAAAUGCUGUAUCUAUGUAAUGCUGGUUUCCAACCGGUAAGUUCAAAUGGGAAGAAAACGCAGUGAUAAAAAGGUCAGCUACACACAGAAGACUAGAGGGAUAUUCUGGUCACUACUGAUUACAGUGUUACCUUUUGAAAAUGAGUCACGUCUGGUAUGCAAUUCUCAAAAUGUAUACAGUAUGUAGGUUUUAACAACUGUUACCUUUAUCCGGUAUUUUGUCGGUUGUGUUGUACAUAUUUUCUUGUUCUAUGGUGCGGAAUUGGUGACUGAACAGAAAGCGUGUCCUGUGGUCUCUGUAUUGAUUGCUUUUGCUCUUAUGUUUAAUAUUGGAAGAAGUCCGUGAUCUAAGCAAAGGUUUGGUUGUGCGAUCACCAGUGCAGAAUAACGAAUGGGUUUCUGAAUGGAAAUUCAGGUGGAUGGCUUUGUUUUUUUUGUUGUGAUUGCUGUUCUUCCACAGAUCCUGGUGGAGAGAGCGGCAAUCCUCAAAAGCAUUUCUAAGCUUAUCAAUCAAAGUGGAGCCAGUCAUUUGUAGAUUUAAGUACUGGACAACUUAAUGUAUACCUGAGCACUAUGUCCUUCUUGACUUGAAUUUCGAAAAUCGCUGAGGCUACCUGAGUGCCGAAUCUUAUGCUGCACACCUGAGCCAUUUUUUCUGCAUUCUCGGCCCUGUUCUUCAGACUUAAAUCCAUUCACUGCCUGUGCUUAACCAAAGAUCGCUUGGAUAUGAAUCACUUUCUGCCAAUUUUACUUUGCAUUGAAGGAAAUGCCACCUCUGUGCCAUCACCCUCUGCCCUGUUAGCACUGUCGGCUAACGUGUGCGGGAGAGUUUUGAGUUCUCGAGUCAAGGUUUCUUCCUUGAAGAGAGAUGCUUUUCAGAAACAUUGUCAGUGAAUAAACACAUUACUCUAUACAUGUACUGUACAGAAACAUCCUUUUAAUUGUCUCAAAGUAACAAACUGCCAAAAUGUUUACUAACGGUUACAGAUUAAUAUGCUCACAGUAUUAAACCUAAAAAAGACAAGGACAAAUGCAGCAAUACAGGGUUAGAUAUUUAAUGAGAAAUUUAUAAUUGCAAUAAAAGUUUUGUAACCUUGAACACUUACUUAGAUGGUUUGUUUAAGCCAGAAAAGCUAAAAUAGAUAUUCAUUUUGUGAAAGGGUUUUCUCUUUUCUAAAAAGCAAUUUAAUUCUUUUGUAAAGCUGAUUGAAUGCUAAAGGUUGUAAAAUGCCUUGUAGAUUUACACUAAAAGACUGAAUAUCAUUAAGAAAAUACUGUAUUGUUUCGGGAUUGACGCAACGUGAGUUUUUCCAGUUCCUCUUUCCCACCCUAAGUAUAGAUGUUGGUUACUUAGCAACAUUUUCUUUCAGUUAUGCCAUGGUAAAGAGGAACCAGCUGGUCUUACCUGUUUGAAACAAAUGUAGUGCAUCAUGUAAAAACCAAAUCCAAACCUUCAUGUAUAAAAUCUCAGGCUGUGCCAAGGGAACAAUUCUAGGUUAACCUUAAUUUCCUGUUAAAAAGAAGAAAUGUCACUGGCCUUCUAAUAUCAUUUAAAACAUUUUCUUAAACAAAACAGAUUAAAAUUUUGGGAAUGUUCCUGUUUAAUCUGCACUUCAAGAUUUCUUUAAAAAGUCUGUUACACGUUACUUGUGUAAGUGAUCACAUUUUUAAAUAGGGUGGGAAGAAAUUUCUUGUAAGAGAUAAUACCUUACAUUACAUAGUAACUAUACACUACAUAAUUCACUGUAAUUGAAUUUAAAACAUAAUCCCUUACACAAGUAAUUUGUAACAGAUCGUUUGUUAAAAGAAACUUUCCCAUCACUCUGCUUACAUACACAACAGCAAAAGUGUUCCCAUGUGCUUAAAGACAUAAGUGCUAAUUUGUAGAACUCAUACUGUUGGAAAAACAUUUGCAAGUUGUAUGCUUGCGUUUUAAUUUAAAUCCACAAAGGAUUUUACAAAAUUAUACCAAUACGUAAUUAUCUUAAUGUUUCCUGUUGUCUAGAGAUGAAUGAAUUACGAGGCUGGCACAUGACCCAUUUGACCCUUUCCUACACUGACAGUUUAGUGGCACAGUUAUUUUCUUCUGAAUGGUUUGGAAAGACUACAUUUCAUAAACGUUUCCUUAUUCCUUCUGAAACAAUACCCCUUUAUUGCUGCUGAAAGACAAUCUUUUCUUGUCACAAGGGUUCAUAUAAUUUCAAUGUAGCAUAACAUCUCUCUUAUUUUUCUGAUGCUAACAUCAGCACAAAAUAUUUCUACAAUGCUUUUGUACAAUUUUUAGUGUAAUAUUUGCAACAAAAAAUAAAAAUGAUGGUUACAGUU